AUUGCACGCGGGGGCUGUCUCCUUGCUUUUUACGGGUGGCCGCCGGUGAAGGUCUUCGUCGUCCUAAGUGCCUUUGACGACUCCAAUAGUGUCAGUCUCGUUAAGGAAGCUAGGUCCAGCUUCAUGCUUUCGAAGAGCUUCGAAGUUAAAAAGGCAGAGCGAGACGUUGCUAGGAGACAAUCGCGAGCCAUGGCUUCCCCGCUUCAGCAUCGGUUCCACGACUGCCCUCUGCGACUGAUGGGAAUGUCGGAGACCAACGGGAUGGCGUCGAGUUGCCGUGCGUGCUGCAUCCCCUUCGGAUCGGGGAAACCCUUCUACGGUUGCUGCCGCUGCGGCUACUUCAUCCACCGCCCCUGCGCCAUCCUGUCGCCGUCGCUUGAGGGGCAGGAUCCGCACCCAAAGCACCCGCUCUGCCUUUCUGAUGCACCGGCUGCCAGCACUGACGCCUCCUGCGACAUAUGCGGGAAGACCGUCAUCGGAUUCAGGUACCGCUGCCAGAGUUGCAAGUUCAUCGCCCAUCCCUUGUGCUUGCAGUUGCAUCAGACGGCCCGCAUCCCCGGGCACCAGCACCUGCUGCGGCUAUCGUACCGCCCAGGUUUCAAGAGAAGCACCCACUGCGACGCUUGCGGCCUUCAGAUACACCGAGCCUGCUACAGCUGCAGCGCCAAAACCUGCGUCUUUGAUCUACACCCAUAUUGCAUAACUAAGCAACGGGUCUCCUCAGAAAGAAAAAAAGGUUACAGAAGAGCAAAGGCAAAGAAGGUCAUCAAACACGCCACGAAAACCGUCACAAAAGGCAUCAUUGGCAAGGUAUUGAUUGGCACCAUUGUUUUGGGUGUGACGGCGGCCUUUGAUUUGGAUUGUGAUGGUGAUGGUGAUGGUGAUGGUGAUGAUGUUGAUGAAGAAGUCGACGACAAUUUAGAUGUUGACGGUGACGAUCCCGUUGGCCCCGACGACGUCAAUGUCGACAUGGAUACUUUCUACGACCUCUCUGCUUGUGAUGGUACUGAUGAUAUUGCCCUACAGGAGGAGGCUAACAUGUUGCUUCUGUCACAUAUGGAAACGAUGGCCAUGGGCGAGCCAUCUUCUUCCUCUUGCUUCCCUUGAACCUGUAGCUUCGGCAGUAUCACGAAGGAACCCGACGUCUGCGUUUUCGUUUUGAGUAAGUUUCCAUGUGAUCGGUAGUGCUACUAUUCUCAUAUUAAUUAAUGAAGCCCAUCGUCGCCACUACAAAUAACCACAACUAGUUUGUGCGUAAUUUUCCUUUUCGUUUGAUUGUCCACACCUUCUGCUAGCACUGUUUUUUGUGAACCUGAAUUUCCUGCUUCUCAACUUGAGAUGUUCAACUUCUGAAUUUGGUUAUAGCGCCUGAAUGAACUUUGCUUAUCAUAAGCUGCAGACCCAGGCAGCCCCCUUAAAUGCAAUAUACUUUAUAAAUUUUCUUAUUAGGAGAA